AUGGCGGGCCAGGAAGCUUCUCCUCUCACAACUGCGAGUCCCUCGGCCGCCAUGAACUCGACCACGACAGAGCACGACUACCGCUUCCCGCGCAGGCCCCAAGACUCUGCCGCCGGCGGAGAGGCCGAUCGCCCGUACACCCGCAGCGGCAACACGAGCAGCACCAACGAGACAAGCCCGGGAGACCUGCGACUGCAAGAGCUCAACCUGGACCUGUCGGGCGCCCCCAGCAAGGCCGCGCAUCAUGACCUGCUAAACUCUUCGAUUUUCCCCGCUUGGCAGGACGACCUGGCAGCGAAAGGCGAGAGCAUCGAGGAGAUGCAGCAGAACGACCCGCUCGCUACCCAAGUCUGGCGCUUCUUCAGCAAAACCAAGAAGAGCCUCCCUAGCAAAGAGCGCAUGGAGAACCUCACCUGGCGCAUGAUGCACACAAGGUUGCGAAAACAACAAGCGGAAGACGAAAUGGCUCGCCUGGGACGUGCACCUGCAAAUGCUACUGGUAACGCACCAAGCGGUAUUGCUCAACUGCGCAAGACGUCCGACCAAAAUGUGAACGCUGCGCAGUCUGAUCCUAUGAACCUCGACGAUUUUAUAUUUUCUGAGAACGUAGCCACCCCGGCCGGCCUGCCGACAACGCCCUCUUCCCCGGAGGCCGUCAGACAAUCAGAAGAUAAGGCGGCUCAUGCAAUGGCCGCCGCCGCCAUCCCCAUCAAAUCCCGCAAGUCAGUGCAGCAGCAGCAUUUCGUCCCGCAAUCCGUUCCUGUGCCUCCACAUCACGGGAACCAGGACGAAUUUGGCUAUGUUACUCGCCAUCACCGGAAGACUAGCAUUGACGAAAGACGCACCCGGAACCUCAAGCGCCCUGCCGAAUUUUCCCCUCAGGUUCCAGCUGCAAACAGCAACUCGGCCUCUAAUGAAAACGAUGCCGACGCCGAUGUCCAUGAGUAUUCAUUAGAUCAGUCGCAUACUGGCAUCGGCCAAGUGCCUCAUCAUUCAGGUGUCCCAUUCCCCUUGGACACCUUCCAGAUGGAGCAUGAUCCCAUUAUCACCUCCGCAGGACCCUUUCAGCAGAACUUCUCCUUCUCGCCGUCGACAUCGCCGAUGGUUACGCAUGGUUCAUUCCCUAACAUGUAUCAUCAGUCUGGCUUGGGCCAAGGUUCAUUGAACGCCCACGAUUUCUACUCCCCACCCGCGUCUGCUUAUCAGUCAACGGCCACAACACCCCAUCCCAUUCCUGAUAACGACAACAUGUUCUUUGGGUCGAUGGACAUGCGACACCAAGGACAGCAGCCAUUCCGUCAGGACCAACCUCAUGCCGGCAAUCACAUGGUACAGCAGUUCAUGUACCAUGGGGGCAACAACUCGAUGUUCCCUCAAAGCACCAAUGCGCCCGAUUCCCAAUCCUCGUUCGCACCUGCGAGUACCUUUGGACAUGUCGACCCGACUCAGGUUUUCCAGCCAGAACACCCUGUUCGAUCUCCCGGCGUGGGUGUAAUCCAGGAGAACAUGUUCACAUUCGGCGCAGAUUCGGACAACGAGGACGAUGACGGAGGCGCUUUCCCAGAUCGCAAUCUUGGGAUGCACCACAGUUUCUCUCCUUCAAUGGAUGAUUCUGCUAUGGAGAUGAACAACCCCAACUCUCUUGGAUGGGACGCUUCAUUGCCCGGGCAAUUCAGCACUCAGGCUGCAAGAUAUCCUGGUGGACCACCUCGCAAACAAGUCACGAUUGGCGGCACAACCACCGACUAUGUUGACACGAAUGGCGAAUGGGACAAUCAGGGCAGCCUGCCUCGAUCCCAAUCGUUCAUAUCCGGCGACAGACGUCAAAAGAUACCGCGAAACACUUCCACGCCAGGGGCAGGCAUGGGAAGCCGAGGCAACCCAUUUGAUAGGAUGGCUCAAUCCAACCCCAACUCGCCCCCAGCCGAUGCCAUUGGAAGUGCUUCCGGGUUCUCUUCAGUUGCACCCAGUCGGCCUACUUCGCCAUUGGGAUCGAAGCAAGGUUCCACGAGCAACUUGCAGGGCGCUGGGGGGAACCAAGGGGAUGGCAGUGCCCCUACUACUUGCACAAAUUGUUUCACGCAGACCACACCUCUCUGGCGGCGAAAUCCUGAAGGGCAACCUCUGUGUAAUGCAUGUGGUCUAUUCUUGAAGCUACAUGGCGUGGUUCGGCCCCUCAGCUUGAAGACAGAUGUAAUCAAGAAAAGAAAUCGGGGCUCAGGUGCCAAUCUUCCUGUUGGGGGAACCAGUACGAGAUCAAAGAAGAACAGCGGCAAUGUGUCGGGUUCAGCUUCCGGGCCAGCCUCGCGUAAGAACUCCACUCUGGGAAUUUCUGCAACAGCCGCUGCACCUCAGGUUAGCACACCUCCAUCAACAAAUCGAGCAGGUAGCGCAAACGAAGGGGAGAGUCCUGCGAGCGGUGGUGCGAAUGCCUCCGGCGGUAAUACGGCAGGCAGUACACCUAGCUAUGCAGGCUCUGCCAGUGGUGCCGUUGGUGGAAAAGGCGUCAUACCAAUCGCAGCAGCUCCUCCCAAAAAUACACCUGGUCCUGGUGCUGCGUCGCUCCCACGUAACAUCGGUUCGACGAGUUCUUCCAAACGUCAACGGCGCAGCAGUAAGAGUGCUGCAUCCAGCGACCUAGCCGGUGGUAUGGAUAUUGACAGCCCUGAAAACUCCACUGGCUCCAAUGAAGCAGCUCGAUCUGUCAGUUCAGCAAGUGGGUUUAUGGCUGGGAUGCCCAACCCGGGUAACCUCGCCUUGACCAAUGGAUUUGGUAUGACGCAACGGCCUAUGAUGCCACCUGGCAUGAUGGUGAUGCCCGGUGGUCCUCCAAACGGGAUGAUGACACCUGGUGCUGGUGCCGGUCCCCAGGAAUGGGAAUGGCUGACCAUGAGUCUCUAA